AUGAAUGACAUAUAACCUUUCUUUUCGUAUGACAGUGUACGACGUAUUACAGAUACUAUUGUAUAGCGUGUGUGAAUAAUAUGAAUAUCAAGCUUAUUUUAUAAAGCCAUUGCACAAAAUAACAAUUGUGUCUAACACAUGAAAAGUAGCAAGUGUCACUAUUUGUUUUAUUGGUUUUAUUAUUGAAAAAACGAACAACGCACGCAAUAAAUAUAUAUAUGUAGAAUGUUGCAGAGCGUUUUAAAAUCAAAAUUCGGAUAUGACAGUUUUAAAAAUGACAUUCAAAAACAAGCCACCACUGCAAUUUACAAAGGAAAGCGAGAUGUAUUCGUGUGUAUGCCAACCGGUUCUGGAAAGUCUCUCUGUUUUCAAUUACCAGCAAUAAUGAGAGAACAAAAAGUUGCGAUUGUCUUUUCACCACUCCUAGCUUUGAUGAAGAAUCAAAUAGAUUUCUUAAUAUCUAAAAAAAUAAAUGCUUGUUCCUUGAAUUCCACUACAUCAAGCAAAGAAAGAAAUACAAUAAUGGAAGAUCUUAUGUCAAAUUCUCCUAAAAUUAAAUUAUUAUAUGUCACUCCAGAAAUGGGAGCACAAAAGCAUUUUCAGGAAAUUGUAACUAAAUUGUGCAAGAAGAAAGCACUUUCUUAUUUUGUUAUUGAUGAAGCUCAUUGCUUAAGUGAAUGGGGUCAUGAUUUUAGGCCAACUUAUAGGCAAUUGGGAACGUUCAAGAAAUUGUGUCCCAAAAUACCUAUGAUUGCAUUAACAGCAACUGCUGCAAAACAAGUAAAAGAUGAUAUUCUCCAAAGUUUGCAUAUGAAAGAUGCAUUGAUUUUCUCUCAGCCAGUAUUUCGUCCUAAUCUGUAUUAUGAUGUGUGGUUUCUAGAAACAUUAGAUAAACCAUUUGUACAUCUGAAAAACUUUAUUUUAGAUGCAUUAGGACCUUCAGAUAAUUCUAUUCCCAUGCAUAAAAGAAAUUGUGGUAUCAUUUAUUGUAGAAAAAAGGAAACAACUGAAAUUGUUGCACACAAAUUGACUCUUGCUGGCAUUACAACGCUGGCAUAUCAUGGGAGUUUGAAAGCUCAGGAACGUAAUGAAGUACAAAAUAAAUGGACGACAGGUGAAGUACCUGUCAUCACAGCAACAUGCAGCUUUGGAAUGGGUGUUGACAAAGGAUCUGUUAGAUUUGUAAUUCAUUGGACAGUACCAAAGAAUAUUGCAGCAUAUUAUCAAGAAUCAGGAAGAGCUGGCAGAGAUGGCAAUCCAGCAUUUUGCAGAGUUUAUUUUAGUAAUGAAGAAUAUGGACCUAUUUCAUUUCUUAUCAAGGAGGAAAUUGCACAUAAAAAUUCAGAACUUGCAAAAAUUAAGUGGCAAGAUUUCGAAAAAAGUGUUGCAUACUGUUUAGAGACAAAAUGCCGGCACGCAGUAUUUUCCAAGUAUUUCGGGGAUUCUCCUCCGCCUUGCAGAAAUAGAUGUGACAUAUGUAAAAACAAAGACGAAGUGCAAGCAAGAAUUGCGGAGUUUGAAAUGUAUCAGAGCACAACUAAAAAAUUCCGAAAUAACAUAGGCAGUGUAACACAAAUAAACUACAACGACAACGAAAAUGAUGAAUUCGAUGAGUCAGGAGAAUCAAGAGAGAAGAUUAUAGCUGUUGAAAAGCAAGAGAGAAAAGAACUUAUUAUGAAACAGUUUGCACUUCGACGUAGUGCAUCUAAAGAGGACAAGAUAAAGCGAGAAAACCUUGAAUACGCAAAAAUAGCGCAUGUCCGUGCAGCUGAUAGUACAGAUAAAAAAAUAAAAGGCUUAACCGUUCAAGUGCGGGAACACUUUUACAAUGAAUUGAAAGUAGCAUUAUUUGAGAAUUAUCAAUAUUCUUCAAAAAAUAAUAAACAAGAACUUCAAGAGAAGGAUAUUCAUGAUAUGACUAAUAACAUAGAAUACGAAAUAUUUUCCAGUACUAAAGUACCAAAUAAGUACAAGCUUGAUAUGUCUAGAUUGAUUUCAUCGAUACGAAAAUGUACUAAUGAUAAUACUAUCUACAAAAAAAUACGUGAUUAUAGUAAAAUAGAGUGUCAUGACAUAGAAUUUAAUAAUUCUAACAAUAUAGAGACAUUUAAAGAACAAGAAUCUAAUAUAAUUAAAACUGAAUUUAACGAGAACACUUGCUUGUCAAACGAAUGUAGUAAAUCAAUUUUCCCUUCUGUCUUUAAAACUGCAUUAGAGGUUUUAAAUGAGGAAAAGCUACGAACAUUUACAUCAGACAAGAAUGAAAAGAUAUCGUUGAAAAAAUUAUGUGUUAAAAAUGUCAAAAUAAAGCAAAUUAAAAAUGAAACAUCUAUUAUUAAUUUUAAUAGUACGCAAAAAAAUACAUGUAAAAGCGAAACUCCAUUAAUGCAAAUGUCAAAUGAUUUUGUCUGUGCACGAAAAAUUUAUGAUGAUAACACAUCCAACUUUAGUACAAGUUCUUCUAAAUCAAAAGCUAAUACAAGUUUCUCUAAACCUAAAGUUCGCAGGAGUAAAACAGAUAAAGUAAAAAAACCGGAUAAAACAGUUUAUGAACAAAUUUUAGCAUCAGCACGAUCAGUAUCAAAAAAAACUACAGAUGAAAAAGAAGAUAUUUUUCUCGAUACAGAAUCAAAAGUUGACAGUGCUGGAUAUAUUAAAAGCAAAGAUGAGAUUAAGAAUAAAAAUAAAAAUAAAAGAGAUUACGAAAUCAUGGAACACCAUGAGGAUGAUAUGAACCCUGCUAAGAAAAGAAAAAUUGUACAUAAUGAAUGCAAUGAUGAAACUAAUAAUUACGUAUCUAAUAAAAAUAUCGAUAAAAAGAUUUUAGAUGACGAGUUUGAAACAGAAAUAGUUAAGGAAAGAAAUGCAGUUAUAAAUAUUAAUACUAUAAAUGAUGAUUUAUCGAUGCCCGAAAAUAAUAAAACGACAAAGGAUUUGGGAGAAGAUACCACUAAUACAAUAAAUGAUGAUUUAUCGAUGGAAAAAAAUAAAACGAGGAAGCACUUGGAAGAAGUUAAUGUAGAAUUAAAGAAGAAAGAAAAAACUGCUCAUUUAUUUAAUUUAAAACAGCACGAAAAAGAUAAAAGUAAUAAUAGACUGAAAGUACCUGCAGAUAAAGUUAUGCAAUUUAAAACAGCAGAAAUUUUAAAAUCGUAUCUAAUGAAAUAUUAUCCAUCGGAACGUCUCCCAGAUAGAGCAACAUUCUCAAAAACUUGCAGAGAAAUGCACUACAGUAUGUUAAGAAAAAAAAUAUUUGAUAAAGAAGGAAUACAUAAUUUUGUUGUAAGCUUUAUGAACCAAUCUUGAAAGAUUUUUUAUUUUAUAUCUAAUCGUAUUUCUAUUUAUUGUUAGGCAAGCAAUAUAAAAGUAAUGAAAACUUUUUCGAAAUAAAUACAUAAUCCUUUUUACUUCGUAAAGUUAUUGACAUUUGUAUUAUUCAAAAAAAACGCGGGAAUCGAUCAAUGUUACGUCACAUUUAAUACACGACUUCAUGUUGGUAAUCGUGAACAGUAAUAGACGCGUCGCGCACGAAAAAUCGUUCGGGAAAAAUCUAUAUGAAAAUUUGAUUUAAAAACGUAAUCGAAUAAUUAUUACAGUGAAAUUUUGAUGUACUUUGUGUUGCGAGUGGAGACGGAUUAAUAUUUUCCGGAUAUCGUCGAUAGUUUACGUGCGGGAAAUAAUUUUGUAUGAUGUAUUUCGUCAACGGAUGCGCAUUAUUAAGAGGUAAGUCGAGGAAAUGACAUAAAUAAUAAUAAAAAAUAAUUGAAUUAAUCAUACUAUUACAAUACGAAAUCACAUCUAUGAUCAAUAUAUGUAUUAGAGAUAUCUGAAUAAUAUAAUUAUAUUCGAAAUAAAUACGAUCCGUUUUACUUCGUGAAGUUAUCGACAUUUGUAUUACAGAGGCCGAAAAUCGUCGAGGCGGGAAUCGUGUUUGCGUCACAUUCGAUUUAUCACAUUUUUAGGUUGAUAGUCAUGAGCGAUAUAAUAGACGCGUCGCGCAAAAAUUAUUCGGUAAAGCAUCUAAGCAUCAAAUUUGAUUUGAAAAGAUAAUUAAAUAAUUAUUACAGUAGAAUUAUGUAUUUCAAGUGAAGUAAUGUUUUCUAAAUAUUAUUGAUAAUUUAAAAAUAAUUUCACGUAUAUAUUAUGUGGACAGAUGCGCAUCGUUAAAAGGUAAAUCUUGAGUAAUGGCACAAAUAAUGAUAGAAAGUAAUUAAUUGAAUAAUAAUACUAUUGAAAUACGAAAUACAAUUAUGA